ACAUCCUAUUUACAUUUACAUUAUUAUACAUUAUCCAAAUGAAAGAGAUGAUAAACUCAGAUAUUAUGGGUUUAGAAGAAAGAAGCAGCCAAAAGCUGAAGAUGGGUGGUGAAGCUGGUUUGAACAACAUGAGAACAGAACAAGAAGUACACAAAGGGAAACUCACUAUUCAUCUUCUCAUAACUUGCCUUAUAGCUGCAAUUGGAGGCGUAAUACUAGGUUCAGUCACAGUUCCAGGUUGGUUUGCAACCACAGGAGAAUACUAUGAAAUGUUCUCUGAUUACUCAUACAAAGAUAAAAGCAGUUUCGAAUCUUACUGCAAGGAUGGUGCUGGAAUGUCCUUUGGACUGUUAUUAAUAGUAUAUCUCCCUGGCAUAGUAGCUGCAUUCAUAGCUUCUCCUGUUACAAGAAAAUAUGGGCAUAAAAAGAGUAUAAUUAUCAGUGCAGCCAUUUUUUGUGUUUCAGCAGCACUAUUAAUUGCCUCCUCCAAAAAACCAGAUCUUCUUAUCUUUUUCAUUGGCCAGAUAUCCCUCGGAUUAGGCAUUGGCUUUGGAGCUCAGGCCAUUCCGUUGUAUCUAUCAGAGAUUGCGCCAACACAUUUCCGAGGAGGCUCAAACUUUAUGUUUCAGCUAGCGAUUUCCCUUGGAAUUUCGAUAGCAAGCAUUGACAAUUAUACAGAUAGACACCUCACCAAACCAUGGUAUGCUGUGGAUCUGUUCUACAACUAUGGUCCUUCAUUUGGUUUGGUUACAGCACUUGCCUUGUUGAUGAUAGUGGCAGCAAUAUUCCUUACUGAAACACCCAACAGCUUAAUUCACCGAGGAUCGAAAGAGAAAGGGAAAAAAGUCCUGGAGAAACUCAGAGGAACUGAACAAGUAGAGGCAGAGUUUCAAGACAUGGUUUCUGCAAGUGAACUUGCUAAAACAGUUAAAACCCCUUUUAGAAGUAUUUUUUGGAAAAAGAACAGGCCUCAACUGGUCUUGGCAAUCCUCGUGCCUAUGUUCCGGAGCCUCACAGGCAUAAACUCUCUGCUUUAUUACACAUCCAUCUUGUUUUUUAACAUGGGAUACAAAGACAAAACUAUCUUGUAUCCUUCAGUAAUAAUUGGAGCAAUUCUUGUUCUAUCAACACUGCUGUCUAUGACAGUAGUUGACAGAUUUGGCCGCAGAGUUCUACUUAUUAGUGGCGGAAUAGUAAUGCUUAUAUGCCAGAUUAUAAUAGCCAUAAUCUUGGCGGGAAAGGUUGAUAAUCAGAACCUGUCAAGAACAUUAUUCAUAGUGUUGAUAUUUGUUAUAUGUCUCUUUGCUCUGGCUUUUGGAUGGUCAUGGGGACCCCUUGCCUGGACAAUACCAAGUGAAAUAUUCCCAUUGGAAAUCAGAUCAACUGGACAAAGCAUUGCAGUAGCUGUGAACUUCAUUGUCACCUCAGUUGUUGCAGAUUCUUUCCUUCCUCUGCUUUGUGAAAUUAAAUUUGGAAUCUUUCUUUUCUAUGCUGGUUGGAUCCUUCUUAUGACCAUCUUUGUUUAUAUGUUCCUGCCCGAGACUAAAGGUGUGUCUAUUGAUGAUAUGGCUUCAGUUUGGAGAAACCAUUGGUUUUGGAAGAAGAUUGUGCCUGCACAGCAUGAAAUAUCAUGAAUUUUAUAAAAUUAUCAUUCUGUAGAUAUGGAAAAUGUCAAAUUAUGUAUCAAAUUUCAUAUAUAGUAUGAUAUUGACAUUUAUUUAUUUAUUAUUUUCAUUGUAUUAUUGUUAAGGUUUAUGAAAAAGAAGAAAAAAAAUUCAAAAAGCACAGAAUGCUUGGCGGCAACGCCAUUAAGAUUA